AAAGAGAUGACGGUAAUUCCCAGGGCGGGGAGUCUGGGCGGCGGUGUCAGUGUGUUGCUCGGCGUGGCCCAGUGAGCAGUGAGCACCGGAGUCAUGGCGCCCAGCAGACCCCUUGUGCUGCUGACGGUCUUGCUUUCUCUGACCCUUAUCGCGGCUAAGCGCAUGACCUGCCCGGGUAACUGGAUGAAGUUCGAAAAUCUUUGCGUGUGGCCGAGCAAUUCAUCAAUGACGAACUGGGAGGCUAUUGAAGAAUGCAAAAAAAGAGGGGCUGACCUCCUUUUUAUCAACAAUUCUGAAGAGAACUAUUUUUUGGCGGGUAUUCUGUUCGUCAUGAGGAUGGACACAGUGUGGUUAGGCCUCAAUGACCUACGGCUGGAUCACGUCUACGAGUGGGAGGGCAAGGAGAAACUCACCUACACCAAUUUCUUCAAAGGGGAACCCUACGACCGCAAACGACACCCCGAGGAUUGCGUGGCGAUGAACAAGGAAUUGGGCUACAAGUGGAGCUCCGAGUACUGUUUCGAUUACAAGCUAUUCGUGUGCCGCAAGAGGCUGUCCUAGAGAGUGGAGGUUGGGGUCCUCACGCAACACACAACUCUUCUCUCUAGACUUGUGGCUUGAAUUUUUCCCUCCUCCAGUGGGUUUCUGAUUUUUCCCUGAUGUUCUCUGUGGCCUCCAUCAUAUGUAAAGUCUUAUACGUUCCAUCACUAGUAUUCAAGAUUGAUAUAACGAUGCCACACGUUAUAAGCAGAGUUGCCACUAAAAACGCUUCCAAUUCUGCCCUUAAUCAUUAACCACUUUGGGACAUUUCUACUCGAUUUACAACCACCUCCAAACAUUAUUCUGGCUGGAAAUUGCAUACUCUGUUUUUUUUUUUUUUUUUUUUUUUUUUAUCCCUUCCUUUCUUCUAGGUGCUUAUAAAGAUUUCAUACAUCGCUUUUAGUGUUGUGAAUUAUUGCAUAUCACAGUGAAAGGGUUAAAACUCCAUAUCUCUUCUAGAUGAAUAUGCAUUUAUUGGUUUAUGUAUUUGUUGCAUGCUUUUCUAAUUUGAUUUUUGCAAUGAGUACAUCGCCUUCCACUUUGCUUCACCAACGGUCACCAGCACAACCUUCACCACGGCCUUCAUAUUCACUCUGUUCCUCAGGGGCGUGCUCGGAAAAUAGAGUGUUUAUAUAUAACGCCCACGAACAAUCUCGCAGCUGCAUUCGUUGGUUUAGAUAUGAAAGAUUUAGCCAAACGCAUGAAUAAAAUCAAGCAGUUGUUGUUUUUU